AUGGAGCGGAAAUAUAAAGUAGGGUUGCUUCUCAUCCUCACUGUUGAGACCUUGGGAAUUACUUCUGAAGAGAUCCUCCAGGGUAUUUUGAAAGGAUAUAAUCACCCGUUUAUUGUGACAUAUAUUCAGAUAUCACUGUUAGUAUUUUAUCUUCUCGUAGCGUUCGUUUCAGCAAGGUUGCAGAAAUCCACAAAGCAGUUUUUUGGUCGGAGAAGCGCAGAAACAUCAUCAUCAUCAUCGGAGUCCCAUGAAGCAGACGAUGAUUAUUCUGAUUUAGAGCAGUCAAUGAUAGGUAGGGAUGACAACUUGUCCCAGGACCGAAAGCUUACAUCCUUUGGAGUUGCUAAAUUGGCGUUGAUUAUUGCCCCUUUCUGGUUUAUCUCACAGUAUUUAAAUAAUGCUGCGCUUGCUAGAACAAGUGUGACAAGUGCAAUAAGAUUACUGUCAACAUCAUCAGCAUUUACACUUUGGAUUGGGAAGUUGGUGAAUAAAGAGUCUUCUGUGAAUUGGGUGAAUAUAGUUUCUGUGAUUGUGAGCCUCACAGGUGUUUCCUUGACAACCUUGGGACAUACAUGGAAGGCCGGUCAUGAACCAACAUCAACUUCAAUAUUCAAAAAGGGAGGACAUACCAUUCUUGGAGAUAUUUUGGCAUUACUUUCCGCUAUGGCAGAAGCAGCAUUCACAGUUCUUCUGAAAAGAUAUGCUAAAGAAGGGGAUGGAUUAGACAUGCGAGUUCUGUAUGGAUAUAUUGGAUUAUUCACAAUAUCUUCUCUCUCGUGGUUAGUAUGGCCUCUAGUGGCAUUAGGCUUGGAACCCAAAUUUGAAUUGCCAGGAAUUCAUGAAAUGAAGGGAAUCAUUUGCAGUGGCCUCGUAGGAACUUUCUUCUCUGAUUACGCCUGUUACGGGAGUAGGAGUUACUUGGACAACACCGUUAGUGGCUACAAUUGGCUCCUCUCUAACCAUACCCAUCGCUAUGCUGGAGGAUAUGGUCCUUCACAGACAGCAUUAUUCCCUACUCUAUGCUUUCGGCUCCCUUUUGGUAAUAGCAGGAUUUGGACUUGCCAAUGUCCCAAAAUUCUUUUCAACAACAACGCAUUGAGAUUGUUCAAGUUCACCAGCUCCUGA